AUGGUUUCUGUAUCAGAAUUGCUCUCGACGUUUAAUCAACAGCAGUGUGGGGAUACUCAGCUGCUGAUCACGAUACUCAACGCAAAGAAAGCCGAGGAUGAGUAUAAUUUGGGUGUUUUGAAUGCAAGAAUGGAGUAUUCGAGAGCUAUGAGAUGGCAGUGGGAGUUGCAGCAGCAUCAUCCAUCGCAUCAACAUGCUCAACACGCCCAAAACACACAACACCCACAGCAAACCCAGCAACACCCACACUCCCCGCCUAUCUCACCAUCCCAUAAAUACACGCCAGCCAGUCCACCUGCCAGCCUCGACGAAGAGUCAUCCAGUUCAAAUAGACAAGAAAUAAUCAACGCAUUGAAACAGAAAUUCGAGCAACACCCACAGCAUCCACAGCACUCACAGCAGCACCCACACGCACACUCAACUUAA